CCGGAAAAAGAUAAAAGUGGCCUGUUGCUAGGAUACAGGUGGCUAACAAAACGGAGCAUACUCCGGGCAGAUUUAUUUUCUGAUAUAUUUUCUUUAAACUGUAAACCACGUUUUGAAGUCUGUCCAUUUUAACUAUAGCUAGUUAUUUCACCUAAAGAAAUAAUAACUUUUAAAAAUGAAUGGGACAAUUAAGCUACCACAUGACCUGAAAGCUAAAGUGAUGCUAUGGACAGAUGUAAGCUACCAUGAUAUGGAAGAGAUCAACAAAAUGCAAUCCAUUCCCGAUCUGGAGAGUGCUCUAUGCAGUGUGCUUCGAGUUGAACUCCCUGAACCCAGAAAGGGAGUUCUUCUGGAGCUGUACGUUGAGACGGUGCUUUUCUGCAGAGAGCACAGCUUCAACAAAGAACAAACGUCUACUCUCUUGUCCAUUAUCAAGUCCAUUCAUGAAGCCAACGUAGAAACUCCACUCAAUAACUCGGAGCAGUGUUUCAAGUACUGCAGGGAGCUUCUGUUAUGCCACUCAGUCAGGCGGCCUCCGUUCAGCAUCAGCCUCUUCAAUGCUGAUGAGGUUAACCGUGUCUUAACAUACAUCCUCAACAACUACAUGAAACACUACAAGCUAUAUAAAUAUAUCUUUACCACACAGGUAAAUCUUGAUCUGUCUAUGAGAUACUCUGGGAUGCCGGAUAUUGGAUCACCUACCGUGGAGGAUUCUUCUGCACCAGGUGUUGAGAAUGAGACAGAGGCGGAAGAUGGGACAUUGUCUGAAACACAGCAAGCCUCCAUCGUGGCCCCAGCAGGAGCCACAUCUGAGCUGAAGGCGCUGAUAGAGCAACAAGUCAGAGAGCAGAUGACGCUUGUGUCUGGGCAACUAGAUCAGCGGAUUAAAGAAAAAGCAUCUCAGCAAAACAGUGCUUUAGAUUACUCACAGAACAGCCACAAAGACAAAAAAUAA